CUUACGAACCCCGGGGGAGCGGGAAGAAGUCCGCCAAGAGUCGCUUUGAGGAUAGGAGCUUGUGACCUCCCUUCGUCCUCCCUACGUGUUUUCUCACUGCUAGAAAAGACUUGGCUUGGCACACCAAUAAAGUUUACCUGGCAGAAAACAUCAGGAAACUACCUUGCAGUAACAGGAGCUGAUCAUAUUGUGAAAAUCUUUGAUCGCCAUGGUCAAAAAAGAAGUGAAAUCAACUUAUCUGGUAACUGUGUUGCUAUGGAUUGGGAUAAGGAUGGAGAUAUCCUAGCAGUGAUUGCUGAGAAAUCCAGUUGCAUUUAUCUGUGGGAUGCCAACACAAACAAAACCAGCCAGUUAGAUAGUGGCAUGAGGGAUCAAUUGUCUUUCCUUCUUUGGUCAAAAUUUGGAAGUUUCCUGGCUGUUGGAACUGUUAAAGGAAAUUUGCUUAUUUAUAAUCGUCAGACAUCUCGAAAGAUUCCUGUCCUUGGAAAACAUACUAAGAGAAUCACAUGUGGAUGUUGGAAUGCAGAAAACAUGCUUGCUUUAGGUGGUGAAGAUAAAAUGAUUACAGUUAGUAAUCAGGAAGGUGACACGAUAAGACAGACACCAGUGAGAUCAGAGCCUGGCGACAUGCAGUUUUCCAUGAUGAAGACUGAUGACCGAACCUCCACUGCUGAAAGCACAAUAAGUGUAGUGGUUGGCAAGAAAACUUUGUUUCUUUUUAACCUGAAUGAACCAGAUAGCCCAAUUGAUCUGGAGUUUCAGCAGCGCUACGGCAACAUUGUCUGCUAUAGUUGGUAUGGUGAUGGCUACAUCUUGAUUGGUUUUUCACGUGGAAUUUUUGUGGUCAUUUCCACUCAUAUUCGAGAGAUCGGUCAAGAGAUAUUUCAGGCUCGUGACCAUAAAGAUAGUCUAACCAGUAUUGCAGUAUCACAGACCCUUAACAAAGCUGCUACAUGUGGUGAUAACUGCAUUAAAAUCCAUGACUUGGCAGAAUUAAAAGACAUGUAUGCUAUAAUCAACCUGGAUGAUGAAAAUAAAGGGUUGGGCACCUUGUCCUGGACAGAUGAUGGUCAGUUGCUGGCACUGUCUACCCAGAGGGGAUCACUCCAUGUUUUCCUGACCAAGCUCCCUAUCCUCGGGGAUGCCUGCAGCACCAGGAUUGCAUAUCUCACCUCCCUCCUUGAAGUCACCAUAGCCAAUCCUGUUGAAGGAGAGCUACCAGUCACAGUUUCUGUGGAUGUGGAACCCAACUUUGUAGCCGUAGGGCUUUAUCAUCUGGCUGUGGGAAUGAAUAAUAGAGCUUGGUUUUAUGUCCUUGGAGAGAACGCUGUUAAAAAAUUGAAAGAUGUGGAGUAUCUGGGGACAGUAGCCAGCGUUUGCCUUCAUUCUGACUAUGCAGCUGCACUUUUUGAAGGCAAAGUCCAGUUACAUUUGAUAGAAAGUGAAAUGUUGGAUGCUCAAGAAGAACGUGAGACUCGACUUUUCCCAGCAGUGGAUGAUAAGUGCCGUAUUUUAUGUCAUGCCUUAACUGGUGAUUUCCUCAUCUAUGGCACAGAUACUGGUGUCAUUCAGUAUUUCUACAUUGAAGAUUGGCAAUUUGUUAAUGAUUAUCGACAUCCUGUCAGUGUGAAAAAGAUUUUUCCUGACCCAAAUGGGACCAGAUUAGUUUUCAUUGAUGAAAAAAGUGAUGGAUAUGUCUACUGUCCAGUUAAUGAUGCUACCUUUGAGAUUCCAGAUUUUUCACCAACCAUUAAAGGUGUUCUUUGGGAAAACUGGCCAAUGGAUAAAGGUGUGUUUAUUGCCUACGAUGAUGAUAAGGUGUACACUUAUGUCUUUCACAAGGACACUAUACAAGGAUCCAAGGUCAUUUUGGCUGGUGGCACCAAAGUUCCCUUCUGUCAUAAACCUUUGCUGUUAUAUAACGGAGAGUUGACCUGCCAGACACAGAGUGGAAAAAUAAACAACAUCUACCUUAGCACCCACAGCUUCCUCCACAGUUUAAAAGAUGUGGGGCUUAAUGAUCUGAGGCAGAUGCUGACGCAGACUUUAAUGUUAAAGAGGUUUUCUGAUGCUUGGGAAAUGUGCAAGAUUCUGAAUGAUAAUGCUGCCUGGAAUGAGUUGGCCAGAGCUUGUCUACACCACAUGGAAGUGGAGUUUGCAAUCCGUGUUUAUCGGACAAUUGGAAACGUUGGCAUGGUGAUGUCCUUGGAACAAAUAAAGGGAAUAGAGGACUACAGUCUUUUGGCAGGACAUCUUGCCAUGUUUACUAAUGAUUUCAACCUGGCUCAGGACCUGUACCUGGCAUCCAGCUGUCCCAUUGCUGCCCUGGAGAUGAGAAGGGAUUUACAGCACUGGGACAGUGCUCUACAACUGGCAAAGCGUUUAGCCCCAGACCAAAUACCGUUUAUAUCAAAAGAAUAUGCUAUUCAGCUUGAUUUCACGGGUGAUUAUGUAAAUGCUUUGGCUCAUUAUGAGAAAGGAAUAACAGGUGAUAAUAAGGAACAUGAUGAGGUAUGUCUGGCUGGCGUGGCCCAGAUGUCCAUAAGAAUGGGAGACAUCCGCCGAGGGGUUAGCCUAGCCCUCAAGCACCCUAGCAGGGUCCUUAAAAGAGACUGUGGAGCCAUAUUGGAGAAUAUGAAGCAAUUUUCAGAAGCAGCUCAACUCUAUGAAAAAGGUCUCUACUAUGACAAAGCAGCAUCUGUCUACAUCCGCUGUAAGAAUUGGGCAAAAGUUGGUGAACUUCUGCCUCAUGUGUCUUCUCCAAAGAUUCACCUGCAGUAUGCCAAAGCUAAAGAAGCAGAUGGAAGAUACAAAGAAGCUGUUGUGGCUUAUGAGAACGCAAAACAGUGGAACAGCGUGAUCCGCAUCUACCUGGACCACCUCAACAAUCCAGAAAAGGCUGUCAGUAUUGUCAGAGAAACCCAGUCCCUGGAUGGAGCCAAGAUGGUAGCCCGGUUUUUUCUACAGCUAGGUGACUACGGGUCUGCCAUCCAGUUUCUUGUUAUGUCCAAAUGUAAUAAUGAAGCUUUCACACUGGCUCAGCAGCACAACAAAAUGGAAAUCUAUGCGGACAUUAUUGGUUCUGAAGACACUACUACCGAGGACUAUCAAAGCAUUGCCUUAUAUUUCGAAGGAGAAAAAAGACAUUUUCAGGCUGGAAAAUUCUUCUUGCUGUGUGGCCAGUAUUCACGAGCACUUAAACACUUGCUGAAAUGUCCAAGCUCAGAAGACAAUGCAGCAAUAGAAAUGGCAAUUGAAACUGUUGGUCAGGCCAAAGAUGAACUGCUGACCAGUCAACUGAUAGACCACCUUAUGGGGGAGAGUGAUGGCAUGCCUAAGGAUGCCAAGUACCUGUUCCGCUUGUACAUGGCCCUGAAGCAGUACCGAGAAGCCGCCCGGACUGCCAUCAUCAUUGCCAGGGAAGAGCAGUCUGCAGGAAACUAUCGGAAUGCACAUGACGUUCUCUUCAGCAUGUAUGCGGAACUUAAAUCUCAGAAGAUCAAAAUUCCCUCUGAGAUGGCCACCAACCUCAUGAUUCUGCACAGUUACAUACUAGUGAAGAUUCACGUUAAAAAUGGAGAUCAUAUGAAAGGGGCACGUAUGCUUAUCCGGGUGGCCAACAACAUCAGCAAGUUUCCGUCACACAUCGUGCCAAUCCUGACGUCUACCGUGAUCGAGUGUCACAGGGCCGGCCUGAAGAACUCUGCCUUCAGCUUUGCAGCCAUGUUGAUGAGGCCCGAGUACCGCAACAAGAUAGAUGUCAAAUACAAAAAGAAGAUCGAGGCAAUGGUCAGGAGACCUGAUACAUCCGAGGCAGAAGAGGCCACAACCCCAUGUCCGUUCUGCGAAUUUCUUCUCCCAGAGUGUGAACUCCUCUGUCCUGGAUGUAAAAAUAACAUCCCAUAUUGCAUUGCAACAGGUCGACAUAUGUUAAAGGAUGAUUGGACGGUGUGUCCACGUUGCGACUUCCCUGCACUGUAUUCAGAAUUCAAGAUCAUGUUAAACGCUGAAAGCACAUGUCCUAUGUGUUCAGAAAGAUUAAACUUUGCUCAGCUGAAGAAAAUCUCAGACUGUACCCAGUACCUGCGGACAGAAGUGGAGCAGUGAGUGGCAUGUGCAGGUAAGUGCCAGACCCUCCACUUACCUUCCCGGGGCACGAGAUCCACGGGGUGGACACAGCUUUACAGUGUGUUUUGCCAUUGGCUCCUUUUUGUGCGUCAUGUAACUUGUCAGAUUUGAACGAACAAAACUUGUCAGAUUUUAAACAAACCUCUGAUGGACUUUUAAAAAAAGCUAAAACGCAGGUUGUACAGUCUCCAUGGUGACAAAGGUUAUUUGACCAAGCAGCAUCAUGGAUUCCAACCAAAACGUAUAUUAUCAAAUCACAUGGGCUUCUUUUUAACCAGUCCAUUAAAACUGUAGCUAGCUAUUAACGGUGGGGUUUUUGAGCUCUAUAAUUCAGGAGAAUAUAUUGUAAAAAUUUUUGCUUCCAGAGGCUUGAAAAAUCCCCAUUUCUUUUUCUUUCCAAGUGUCAUUUUUCUUGCAUGGAAGCAGCACAAUACCCUCUCACUCCAUUGGCAAGAAUUUACUCAUAGGGCCACACGUACUGCAAAGGGAGGCAGGGAAACAUAGUCUCCAGGUGGAAAGCCAAAAGCCCCUGCCAAAAACUCUUUAAGAUUCUUUAAUUAAAAGGAAAAAGUACGAUUAGUCCCUGACACAGCACUAAACAUGGUUAAAACGGAACCCUAGGUUUUCACACGAAACCUGUUCUCACAAUCUUCACUCCAUCAGUAAACAGCAGCUCCAUCCUACCAGCUGAUCAGGAUGGAAAUGUGGACACCACCCAUCCCCCAGUCCAUGGGCAAGUCCUCUCAGUCCCCCUCCAGUGUAUCUGGUUCCCUUCCUCAGGGGGACUUUUUAUUGCACCUGCAAAAAUAAAGAGCCUAAAAGAGUCGACAUGAACUGGCCCAGCCUCCUCUGCUCACUACGCUGCAGCCCCACUGGCCUCUUGGCUGUUCCUUGGACUCCAAACUGCUUUCUGUAGCACCUGCAGUCUCUCACAUUCCUGCCAGCAGCACCCAAGGGUUGUAGUUUUCCCAUAUCCUCACCAACACUUGCUGUUGUCUGCAUGCUUGAUUAUAACCAUCCUAGUAGGUGUGAAGUAGUAUCGCAUUGUGGUUUUGAUGUGCAUUUCCCUGAUGAUAACGAUGUUGAGCAGCUUUUCAUGUGCUUGUCGGCCAUUUGUAUAUCUUCUUUAGAGAACUGUCUUCAAGUCCUUUACCCGUUUUUUUAACUGGGUAUUUUGUCUUUUUAUCGAGUUGUAAGAAUCCUUAAUAUAUUCUAGGUACAAGUCCUCUAUCAGAUACAUGACGUGCAGAUAUCCUAUUCUGUGGAAGUAUUUUUUUACUUUCUUCAUAGCAUCCUUUGAUGUACAAAAAGUUUUUAUUAUUUUGAUGAAGUCCAAUUUAUUUUUUUGCCUUUGGCUGCUUGUGUUCUUGGUGUCAUGUCUAAGAAACCACUGCUUAACCCAGCGUCACAAAGAUUGACACUUAUGUUUCAUUCUAAGAGUUCUAUAGUUGCUGCUCUUAUACUUAACGUCUUUGAUCCAUUUAAUUUUUGUGUAUGGUGUGAGGUAUGGUCCCAAUUUCCUUUUGUGUGUGGAUGACCAGGUGUCUCAGCACCAUUUGUUGAAAAGACUGUUCCUUUCCUAUUAUUACUGGGUAUUGUCUUAUUAUUAUUGUUAUAAAGGUUCUUUAUUUGUAUAUUCUAGAUCUAAAUCUUAUAUUUAUUUUGAUGAUGUUUUCUCCCACUCUGUGGCUUCCCACUUCUUUUUCUUAAUGGUCUUUUUUUUUUUUUUUGUAAUAUAGUUGAUUUAUCAAUACAAUGUUGUGUUACUUUCAGGUGUACAGCAAAGUGAAUCAGUUAUACAUAUAUCUUAAUGGUCUUUUGAUGAGAUUUUAUUUUUCUAACCAGAAAAUUCAGUUAAUUUGAGUUGUUAUUAUAGUGUAAAUUAGGUAUGCUAAGUUUGUUACAGUCUUCAGAUUCUGAUGCUGCCCAUUGGGAAUAGAUUUCUAUUUAUAUAUACAUUUUUUUUUUUUUUUUCCUGUGUUGGGUCUUCGUUUCUGUGCAUGGGCUUUCUCUAGUUGCGGUGAGCGGGGGCCACUCUUCAUCGCGUGCGCGGGCCUCUCACUGUCGCGGAGCACAAGCUCCAGACGCGCAGGCUCAGAAGCUGUGGCUCACGGGCCUAGUUGCUCCGCGGCAUGUGGGAUCUUCCCACACCAGGGCUCGAACCCGUGUCCCCUGCAUUGGCAGGCAGACUCUCAACCACUGCACCACCAGGGAAACCCUGAUGAGCAGAUUUUGAUUCUGAUGAAUUAUAAUUUAUCAAUGUUUCAUUUUAAUAUUUUAUUACUUUCUGUGUCUUAAGAAAAUUUUUGCCUACUCAAAAGUCAGGAGCAUAGUUGCCUAUGUUUUCUUCUAGAAGCUCUGGGUCUGUGAUCCAUCUUGAAGUUAUUUUUGUUUACAGUAUGAGGUGGGGAUUGAGAACCUUUUCCCCCUCAAGUAGAUAUCCAGUCUUCCAACACCACUUGUUGAAAAGCUUUCCUUUCCCCAUUGAACUGCUUGCAUGCCUUUGUUGAAAAUCAGCUGGGUUUUAAAUAUGGGUCUACAUCUGGACCCUCUCUUCUUUUCCAUUGCUCUAUUUGCCCCCUAUUUUUAUACUGGACUGUGUCUUCAUUACUGUGACGUCAUAGUAUAUCUUAAAGCCAGGUAUUGUGGAUCCUACAACUUUGUCAUUUUUUUCCAAGACUGUUUUGACUGCUCUUAACUUCUCUCCAUUUCUCUCUAAAAUUUUAGAAUCAGCUUGUCAAAUUCUGUUUUAAAAUCUUGCUCAAAUUAUGAUUGGGAUAUGUUUAUUUUUCUGUUGCCACAUAACAUAUUAUCACAUAUUUAGCAUCUUAAAACAAUAUACAUUUAAUAUUUCACAACUUUUUUUGAGGUACAAUUAUCACCUUGUAUUAGUUUUAGGUGUACAACAUAAUGAUUUGAUAUAUGUUUAUACUGUGAAAUGAUUACCACAGUAAUUUAGUUAACAUCCAUCACCACACAGUUACAAUUUUUUUUAAUUGAGAACUUUUAACACCUGUUCUCUUAGCAACUUCCAAGUAUACAGUGUUGUUAACUGUGAUCCCCAUGCUGUAUAUUACAUCCCCAGGACUCACUUGUAACUGGAAUUUUAUACCUUUCGACCACCUUCAUUCUGCCCACCCCCACCCUCUGGCAACCAACAAAUUGUUCUGUAUCUAUGAGUUCAGUGGGGUUUUUUUUUUUUUAAUUAAACAUGUAAGUGAGAUCAUACAGUAUCUGUCUUUCUCUUAUUUCAUUUAGCAUAAUGUCCUCAAGGUCCAUCCAUGUUGUUGCAAAUGGCAGUAUUUCCUUCUUCUUUAUAUGUAUAUACACAUGUAUACAUAUAUACCACAUAUGCUUUAUCCAGUGCCAUUUUCUUUAUCCAGUAUUAGUGGACACUUAGGUCAUUUCCAUGUCUUGGCUAUUGUAAAUAAUGCUGUAAUGAACACUGGGGUGCAGAUAGCUUUUCAAGAUAGUGAUUUUGUUUCCUUCAGAUAAACACACAGAAGGAGAAUUGCUGGAACAUAUGGUAGUUCUAUUUUUAACUUUUUGAGGAAUCUCUAUAGUGUUUUCCAUAAUGGCUGCAUCAAUUUACAUGCCCACCAACAGUGCACGAUGGAUACCUUUUCUCCAUAUCCUUGCCAAGACUUGUUAUUUCUUGUCAUUUUGACAAUAGCCAUUCUGACAGGUGUGAGGUGAUACCUCAUCGUUGUUUUGAUUUGCAUUUCCCUGAUUAGUGAUGCUGAGCACCUUUUCAUGUACGUAUUGACCAUAUGUAUGUUUUCUUUGGAAAAAUGUCUAUUCAGAGCCUUUGCCCAUUUUUUUAAUUGGAUUUUUUUUCUAUUGAGUUGUAUGAGUUUAUAUAUUUUGUAUGUUAACCCAAAUUAUCAGAUAUAUGAUUUGCAAAUAUUUCUCCCAUUCCAUAGGUUGUUGCCUUUUCAUUUUGUUGAUGGAAACUUUUUAGAUUGAUGUAGUCUUGUUUAUAUUUGCUUUGUUGCCUUUGCUUUUGGUGUCACAUACAAACAUACAUUGCCAAGACCAAUGUCAAGGAGCUUACUCCCUACGGUUUCGUCUAAGAGUUUUAUGUUGUCAGGCCUUAUGUUCAAGACUUUAAUCCAUUUUGAGUUAAUUUUUGUGUAUGGUGUAAGAUAGUGAUCCAGUUUCAUUCUUUUGCACGUGGCUCUCAAGUUUCCCCAACACCAUUUAUUUAAGAAAGAGACUGCCUUUCCCCUUGUAUAUUUCCCCUUGUAUAUUCUUGGCUUCUUUGUCAUAAAUUGACCAUAUAUGCACAGGUUUAUUUCUGGGCUCUCUAUUCUGUUCCAUUAAUCUGUGUGUCUGUUUUUACACUGAUACCAUACUGUUUCGAUUACUAUAGCUGCAUAAUAUAGUUUGAAAUCAGGAAGUGUGGUGCUUCCAGCUUUGUUCUUUCUCAACACUGCUUUUUGGCUGUUCAGUGUCUUUGUCAUUCCAUACAAAUAUUAGGAUUGUUUGUUCUAUUUCUGUGAAAAAUGCCAUUGGAAAUUGAUAGGAAUUGCAUUGAAUCUGUAGAUUGCUUUGGGUAGUGUGGAAACUUCAACAGUAUUAAUUUUUCCAAUCCAUAAGCAUAGAAAAUCUUCCCAUUUAUUUAUAUCUUCAGUUUCUUUCAUCAGUGUCUUAUAGUUUUUCAGUGCACAGGUCUUUCACCUCCUUAGUUAAAUUCAUUCCUAGGUAUUCUUUUUUUUUUUUUUUUUUUUUUUUUUGCGGUACGCAGGCCUCUCACUGUUGUGGCCUCUCCCGUUGCGGAGCACAGGCUCCGGAGGUGCAGGCUCAGCGGCCAUGGCUCACGGGCCU